AUUAUAAAAACAAUAAUUAUUAGUUUAUGGUAUGGAUAAUAAUAGGCCUAAUGAGGGGAAUAUAAAACGCAGAAUAGGCGUAUUAUCCUCUCACAUCAUCAUGGCUUCCGAGAAAGAGGCUGCUCUUGCUGCUAUUCCCUCCGAUUCUCCUACCAUAUUUGACAAAAUAAUCGACAAGGAAAUCCCUUCCACUAUUGUUUAUGAGGAUGAUAAGGUCCUCGCUUUUAGGGAUAUAUCUCCUCAAGCUCCUAUACACAUUAUAAUUAUUCCCAAAGUCAAGGACGGUUUAACUGGACUAUCAAAGGCUGAGGAGAGGCACGUUGAUAUUCUUGGUCGCCUACUUUACACUGCCAAGCUUGUUGCUAAGCUGGAAGGACUUGAAAAUGGCUUUAGGAUUGUGAUUAAUGAUGGACCGAGUGGAUGUCAGUCUGUCUACCACAUUCAUGUCCAUCUCCUUGGGGGUCGUCAAAUGAACUGGCCCCCUGGUUAAGACGGAGUCAUCAAUGGAUGGACACAUCAAUGGUUGUAGCUGCUUUUGUUGGCACAGAACUUGUAUUUCAGAAAAAAUUAACCUGCAGUUACGAUCUGGCAUGUUAUCUAAAUAAUCUGAGGUUUGCACUGUAAGGGUGAGCCAUUUAUGAGACCAGGUAGGAAAAGAAAACCUAUUUUAAAUACCUAAUCAAAAGAAAGAUAUUCUAGGUGACAUAUAACUUUAUUUGUGACGUCUGGGAGUGUUAUUAUAUUGAGGAUUGUUAGAUUUCAUUUCACAUUAAGAAUGCUUUUGGUAAGAAAAUCUGUAACAUUAAAAAUCAAUGGCAUGGCAGGUGGCUAACCUCAAAAUGAAAACAAAAGCCUUCAUAAGGGGCAAUAUCUAAGCUUAUAUUCAUGGUUCAUGGUUCUUAUUA